CCCAGGCAAUUCUGAGCAUCCCUCCCUAUCUCUCCCCACCCCUCUCACUUUUGUAAAGGGGUGAAGACCAGGGGGACGGAUGGCUCCUCUCUUCUCCCCGGAGGACGUGUGAGUGCUGGGAUUUGUGAUUUGAGUCCCUCCUCCUUUCCUUCCCCUCCCUCCCUCCCUCUCUCAUUCCUCCAUUCCCCCCUCCUUCUCUUCAUCACCUCCCUCUCCUUCUUCGCUUUUAUUCUCAAUAUAGCUCUGGACCGGCACAAUCUUCCAGCUCAGCUGAGAUGGAGACCACCCAGAGAGGGCUCAGCGUUGCCCACCACGGCCAGGAGGAGAGUGGGGUAGAGCGGACUGGCUAGUCAGAGGGGGGUCCUUCACUGGCCCACCCUAUACCCUCUCAAGGGCUUUACUCUGGAUAGGCAGGACAGGUCUUAAGGCUUAGCGCUUUCAGCAAGGAAUGACACUUCUGCUUGUUGGACUUCUCCAAUGUUUUAGCAAUGUUACUUACUGAAUCCUGAUUAUGGAGAUUGUGAAAAUGUGGUUUUCCCUACUCUGGAUUUGAAUCUGGAUCUAAUCGCCAUCUGGAGUGCCUGAGUUUUUACAGCCGUAACUCAAACGCAUGGACGUCUUUGGUUUCGCGAAGAUGGCAAAGCUGUCAGGCCACAAGACCAAAUCAUCGGGCUGGCCUCCCCCCCUCUGGAUCCUGGGGCACCCUGCCGGGAACCCCCUAUGGCUGGGACAUGGGCUCUUCCAGGGACGGCCGAGACUACUUCAGCAACCACGUGUCCCAGAGCAGCUCCCUGGAGGAGGUGCACCGUCUGGAUGGGGUGCAGCAGGUACCCCCUGCCCCCCGGCUGGUGGAGAUGAGACGGGACCCCGUCCUGGGGUUCGGCUUCGUGGCCGGGAGCGAGAAACCGGUGGUGGUCCGCUCCGUCACGCCUGGAGGUCCAUCGGAGGGAAAGCUGAUCCCAGGAGAUGAGAUCAUUAUGAUCAACGACGAGGCAGUCAGCUCAGCGCCCAGGGAACGAGUCAUCGACCUCGUCAGAAACUGUAAGGAGUCCAUUAUGUUGACUGUUGUCCAGCCAUACCCUUCGCCCAAAUCUGCGUUCAUCAGUGCAGCCAAAAAAGCCAAGCUCAAGUCCAAUCCGGUCAAAGUGCGCUUCGCAGAAGAGGUCAUCAUUAACGGUCAGGUUCCGAACACAGUCAAGGACAACUCUCUCCUCUUCAUGCAGAACGUUCUGAAGGUGUACCUGGAGAACGGGCAGACCAAGUCGUUUCGGUUCGACUGCAGCACAUCCAUCAAGGAUGUUAUCAUGACCCUACAAGAGAAGCUGUCCAUCAAGUGCAUUGAGCACUUCUCCCUGAUGUUGGAGCAGCGGACGGAGGGAUCGGGCAGCAAGCUGCUACUCUUGCAUGAGCAGGAGAUGCUAACUCAGGUGACACAGAGGCCGGGGUCUGAUAAGAUGAAAUGUUUCUUCAGAAUCAGCUUCGUCCCCAAGGACCCGGUGGAUCUGCUCAGACGGGAUGCUGUGGCGUUUGAAUACCUCUACGUUCAGAGCUGUAACGAUGUGGUUCUGGAGCGCUUUGGCUCAGAGAUGAAGUACGACGCCGCGCUACGAUUGGCCGCUCUGCAGAUGUACGUCCUCACUAUGACGUCCAGGCAGAUGCAGAAGGUCUCGCUCAAAUACAUCCAAAAGGAGUGGGGUCUGGCCCUUUUCAUCCCACCAGCAGUGAUGACCAGCAUGAAGGAGAAGAACAUCAAGAAAGCACUGACGCACAUCCUCAAAACCAAUCAGAACCUAGUGCCUCCAGGAAAAAAGUUGACUGCAUUGCAGGCUAAAGUGCACUACUUGAAGUAUCUCAGUGAGCUGAGGUUGUAUGGAGGGAGAGUGUUCAAAUCCAUACUUUUGCAAGGGGAGAAGCAGACAGAGGUGACCUUGCUAGUGGGGCCCAGGUACGGCAUCAGUCACGUGAUCAACGCCAAGACCAACCUGAUGGCCCUGCUGGCAGACUUCAGCCACGUGAACCGCAUCGAGAUCCUCACAGAGGAUGAUAUCAACGUCCGCGUGGAGUUACACGUCAUGGAUGUCAGGCCCAUCACGUUGAUAAUGGAGUCUAGUGAUGCCAUGAACCUGGCGUGUCUGACAGCAGGGUACUAUCGACUCCUAGUGGACUCUAGGAGAUCUAUCUUCAACAUGGCCCACUGCAACAGCAUCGCUGAAGAAAUGGAUCAGGACAAUCUUCUGGAGUGGCCGUACAGCACUUCGUUAGGCAACUGUGCUGCCAGCCAGGACGAGCGUUACAGCAGUGACAUGGACUUCUCUAACAAUGGAGGGAGAGAGAACAACAUCUCUCCCUACAUCCCCGAGCCCCAACACCAUACCCUAACCCUGCAGCAGAACGAGAGGCCGUCGGAGGGGCGGAGGAGUCCCCAGGCCCCACCUCUCCCCCCCGCCAGAAACAAACCCCAAAACUCCCCCCGGAGCGCCAAGGUCUCCUUCAUCUUCGGAGACCCCCCUUUGAACACUGUGAAUCCCCAGAACUUUGGCUACGAGCGCCUGAUGGAUGAGAGUCCCGAGGUGCCUGAGCACAGGCCCAUAGCCUACUUGCACAACAAUGUCAACAACACGGGGGACUUUAGGACCCAGGUGCCCGUACCCUUCCAAUUCGCCGACGGCAGGCCGCAUGUGGUCUACAGCAACAUCGGCGAGGAGCUGGUGGAGGAACCGCUGCUAAGGGACCUUUGCUAUGCAGACACCACGGACGACGCCGAGGAUGAGGACGAUGCCAGCUGUGAGGAAGACUCUACCGGGACGGGGGGGGGGGAGGGUGGAGGGGGCGGCACGACGGCGGCGAGCAAAGCCACGAUCCUCACCCUCUCGGGCUCCAGCGAUGACAUCAUCGACCUGACCUCACUUCCUCCCCCCGAGGGGGGCGAUGAUGACGAUGAUGAUACUGACGGUGUCCUCCAUUCGCUAAAUCUCGCCAUUGCCGCCCCACCCCCGGGGUUCAGAGACAGUUCUGAUGAGGAGAGUCCCGAGGGUCGCCCUUUGGCCACUGCCGACAACAAUGACAUGCCUGUGUCGCUGAUCGACGCUGUCCCCACGGGGUCGCAUGGCGAGGGGAGUGGCAGGGAAAGGAGUCUGGAGGAUGCCAUGGUAACAACCCUGCAGGCACUGGAAGCCCUGACCGUGUCCGAGGAGAGGCCACACCCACCACGCCCACAGCGACCACAGCCCAACAGUAACCCAGGUGUGAAAAUGUCUCGAGCUUUCAGUCCUGAGUCUUCCUCUGACUCAGGCAAUGAGACCAACUCCUCAGAGAUGACCGAGGCCACGGAGCAGGCCGCCGCCCACAAACUCAUCCACGAGAACCACAGGCGCCUCCUUAUCGCCACCUCCGAGGGCUACCAGCCUUUGACGGAGGAAAAGACAGACUUCCCCGUCUCGCCCAGAGUGGCCACCCAAAAGAAAGCCCACAGCCCCUCCCACCAUCGAGACGGCGGGCCUCCGUCGUCCACCAUGCUCCUUAAACAGACCCUCCAUCCAGAUGGCAUAGAGCUGGAUCCAGAAACCACUGAUUUUCUGACUAACCUUUCCUCCGGCUUCAGCAAGCGACCCAACUCCGUGGUUGUUGGAGGGAAACGGCUAAAAAAGUUGGCCGACACCAAUGGGAAGUUCAACACGUUCAGUACCAGAGACGGCCACAGGGGAAGCCAGCUGGAUGUGGAGCGUACCUCGUUCUGCGAGAGGCUGCAGAGAAGGCCGCCUCUUCCUCUACCAGAGAAUUCCAUCUCCAUCAUGGCGGAGAACCUGGCGGUGAACAGCCUGCCAAGGAGUCACCGCAGGCUGCCGCGCCCCCCUCCCCCACACCCUGAACGGACAGAGCCUGAGGAGGAACCGGGGGAGGCUGCAGUGGGGGACACUGGGGCGAUGGGCGGCCAGGAGGAAGAGUACCUGGGGGGAGCGGCAGGUCCCUUCCCCUCCUCCCCUACCAAGAAGCCCCGGGACUCCCCCGGUGGACAGGGAGAUGCCCCAGGGGAGCAGCUGCAGCAAGUGAGGCAAGGGGUUGCCCGGCUUUGUGAGUACCACCUAGCCAAACGGAUCUCGUCCCUCCAGAGCGAGGCUCACAACUCCCUGCAGGGCUCCCAGUGCUCAUCGCUGGACGCGGGCUGCAGCACAGGGAGCAGCGCCUGUGGCACCCCAACGGAUUCGCCCCUCUGUGCCCCCGACGGCAACCACCACCCGCUCUGCGAAUCUUCCACGUCCCUCAGGGUUUUCACCUACGAGGACAAGGCUCCCCAUGGCACCCCGGGCCAGAUCCCUGGGGGCAGGGACCUCCACCCCCAAGCAGACCCCACACUCCUGCGGAAGAUGCUGCCCAACAUACACCCUCCUGGGUCAGACACCAGCAGAGAAGGUUCCCUCCGGUCGGCCAAGAUGAAAGAAACCACAGGUAGUACAGCUAGAAGGAGUAACCUUCAAAAUGAUCUGCAUGCCAAGACAGCCUGUGUAAGGGGUGCUAACCCCAAGGAGGGGAACGAGUCCUAUAGGCAGCUCAUUAACUACCUGACAGUGAGCCAGAUGCACCAGGGAGGCAGGUUGCACAGUGCAGGCCUGGGAGGGGGAGUCAGAAAGGACACUAGGAGAUAUAUUACCAGUAAUCCCCAACUGAUAGAGAUGGUUAGGAGUAAAGGGAACACCAUUCACCGCUAUCCCUGCAUGCCCCCCUUGUCCUCCUCACCCUUCCUCAGCCCGAGUCUUGUGAACCCCAAUGCAGCCACCUCACGGGGUGACAAAGGCCCCCGGCCGUAUCACUCCGCCACCCUGCCCGCUAAGUUGAAGAGCAAUCCUGACUUGCAUGCUCAGAGACCCGCUGACAGUCUUGAAGUAAGGCCCAGUGGCACAGAGAGGAGGAGCUCCUUUUCGGGCCUCGAGAGUGAGUUAGAGAGGGGCGCCAUCGACCUUGAGGUCGAGCGGUUCCUGUCCCUGAGGGACAGCAUCCAUGGAGGGAGCGGGGGUGGGGGCAUGGUCCACAGGCCCCCCUCCAGGGCGCGGAGUGUGAUGUUCCACAGCGGUGCCAGCAUCUGUGGCCCAGAGGACUGGCUCAGAUCUGACUGCAGGACAAAGCAUGCCAUCCGACAGGCUCCUAACGAUUAUCUCUGUUUUUCUACUGCCCCUAGUGUAGCUCGCACAGAGCAGCUGGGGACGUCACUGGGAGCGGAAGCAGGAGAUCACCCAUCAGCUUUCACUAAGCAGGCCAGAGCCUGUGCCACGGCUCCACCCCCUCCUCCUCCGCCACCUCCUCCACCUCCCCUACCAGCCAACAUGAGCACCCACAACUCCACUGUGCCAAAGCAGGAGUCCACCAUCACAUACAGACAAAACCACAUCCAGUCAGUCACAGCCAGCCUCCACCACCAGUGCGAGCCCAAUAUGAACAGCCUCCAGAGGGGCAGGGACUCCAGUAUGAACAGCCUCCACUUGGGCAGGGAACCCAGUACCAACAGCUUGCAGCGGGACAGGGAGCCCAGCAUCAACAGCCUCCACCUGGGCAGGGAGCCCAGCAUAAACAGCCUCCACCUGGGCAGGGAGCUCAGCACCAACAGCCUGCAGCGGGACAGGGAGCACAGCACCAACAGCCUCCACCUGGGCAAGGAUCCCAGCAUCAACAGCCUGCAGCGGGGCAGGGAGCUCAGACGGAGCACCAGUAAUGUAACUGUGGGCUCCGGGAGUGUGGAGGUGCUCUUCGACAAAGGCAGAACCAAGUGCCAGCAAGGACCAGUUGACCCCAAACUACAGAGGAGACCCACGAGGAAGAGGCUGUCGAAGAGCUACUCGCAGGGCUCGGUAGCGUCCACGUGCUGGUCGGCUGGGGGUAGAGACAGCCGGAGGGCCUCAGUGAUGUUCCCCCUGCAGAAGGACACCAAGCACAUGAAGGGCUCGCAGAAGCUGGACUCGGGCAGCCCCUGGAGGUGCCACGGUCCCUUCAGCUACUGCUUCUUCAAGAGGAAGAGCCAGGCAGAGGAGGAUGAGGUAGAGGGGGGUGAGAUGGGCGAGAGGUCCAGGCGCUGCCGUGGCAGGGAAAUGGAGGAAGCAGCGUCUAUCUACAGCCCGGCCACGGACGCAGCAGGCGACCAGCUCUACAGCGAGGUCCUGACCAACAUGAGCUUCAGCGACCGGCUGUCGCGCAUUAACACGCUCAAAGACCGCAUGUACGUCUUCCCCGUUGGCUUCUCGGACGUACGCCGCGACGCCAGCGAGCUCAUUGCCCUAGUGCGCUCAAGCGUAGGCAGGGGGGACCGCAGCGGCCAGGUGCCACAGAUCACAGCCGACCUGUCCCAAUACAAGCAGCUGCUGUCAAUCGAGUCUAAAGAGCUGGGGCGGGCAUGUCGCAGGAUGGCCCAGGCCCACGGCAGCCCAGAGGAGAUGCUGCUAGCCAUCACCUGCAGUUUCCAGGUGCUGUGCUGCCUGUCUGAGGCCUGCAUGUGCCUGGUGAGGGGCCUGAGGGCAUCAGCCGCCCAACAGCAGAGGGAAGUGGUGGCCAAGGUGGACGAGCUGGUCAUGAACUACAUCUGCCUGCUGCGUGCAGCUGAGGCGGCGUCCAUCGGAGCGCCCAGCGACCACAGCGUCAAUGCCCUGGUCCGCCACUCCAGCACCAUGUCAGCCAUCGCCAACGCACUCACCCGCUCCCUCAAAACGCUGCUUAGCAAGUAGUAGGACGUCCAGCUGACGGCAACGUCUUUUAGUGUUAUGUACAUUAUACAAAGCCAUACAAGACCAGGCCUUUGUAAUAAGAACUGAUGUUAUUAUAGACACCCUUCUUCUUGUGUACAAUUUAUUGUCUAUGUAUAUAAUGUACAUACAGUACAUAUGAUACACUAUAUGAAUAUAUAAAUUGCUAUAGACAUUUGAAAGGUCAUUGGGAAGACAUGUACUCUUUAAUGUGAUAUUGAUGAUGCAGUUCUAUGUUGCAGUGUGGAGAGGAUUGACGUACCGGAGCACUGCAUUUAACACUCCUUAUUUCUAAAUUAUGUUGACAUGUUUUAAAAAAAAAAUAACAAAUACAGAGGGCAUAAAACAAUAA